AUGGCAUGCGCAUGUUGAAACGACGUGUUCUGCGGUAUCACCUAACAACAGCCAGGUAAUGAUGUUUGUGACGGGCCUUGCGUCGUGGAUCACACAGCAUGGGGGGAGGGCCCCUUCCAUGCUGUUAUCUGUAAGUGUGCGUAUGCCGGUUCGGGUAGGAUGUUUACUUGUUUUGCUUUUUGUGUGUGUUGUUGUUUUGGUUUGUUGUCGUUGUCAAUGGCUGUCAGGCAACCGCAACUCAAAACACAGGCCGGCAGGUGGCCCACCAGCCGCGGGCCCUUGCUCGUGGAUACUAGAUACUGGAUACUGCGUAGGCUCCUCUCUUGAGUCUUACCACCCAUGUCACCUCGUCACUGUGGGCGGGGUGGUGGUUCAACUGGUGGUCAAGACUCAGGUCCCAUCCCAUCACAACAUCAGACCGGCGGCCAGCCCGCUGGGUCGGCGGUCUGCCUGUCUCUGGGGCAUCGUUUCUUCUUUAACCUGUGUUGUCUCGCUCAACCACGCGGCUUUUGCUGAUGAACCGCAGCACAAGAUCUUAGGAUAACAAGCAACAUGCUGCACGCGCUGUGAGUGCGUGAACGUCUGUGUACCAGGGUCUCACAGAGA